AUGAUUCAUCCUUACCACCCUCAACACCCUCUCACUUUCACCUUUCUAAAUUACGAAACUGGGAUCAUGGCCGACACCAGUUUCCGUGAAUUCUAUCACGUUCUAGUUCUUUUGAACUGGAUUUGUCUGAAUACCUCAAAAGUAUUCGGCCAAAAUCCAAUAUUAUGUUUGAUAAAUGCACUUGGUGUCGAAAUCUCGGCGAGUGGUUCUAUCGUUGUUCUAUAUGUAACUUUUCCUUGGAUCUCCCUGUUCCAAAACAUUCCACCUCUUGCAAUCCAAAAUCCAAAAAGCCAUCACCAUUCACUCGCCUUGUUUCCUCGACCACUCUCUUUCCCUUGUGAUGCUUGUGGGUUGAUCAACGUCUUGGAACCAAGUUAUGCAUGUUACCUGUGUAACUACGUGGUUCACAAGACUGUUGAUUUACCCCGAGUUAUAAAGAUCACGCGUCACCCUCAUCGACUCUCUCACACUCCUUAUCUUCCUACCAAAGUUUCCUCUUGCCGGGUUUGUUACAAGAAUGUGGACAUCAAGUAUGGUCAAUAUUCUUGCAACCAUGAGGACUGCUCUUAUGUAGUCCAUUCAAAAUGUGCAACCCAUGAAAGAAUCUGGGAUGGGAGAGAACUCGAAUGGGAACCGGAAGAAUCCUAUCAAACUGAAGAUAUGGCACCAUUCGUAAAGGUGGGCGAGGAUUUGAUUGAGCAUUUUUGUCAUGCUCACCAUGUUCUAAGGCUCGAGAAAUCUGUUGGAGACUCAGAAAAGCAAUGCGAUGCGUGUAUCCGUCCUGUCGGUUCUCAUGAUCAUUUCUACAGCUGUAUCGAAUGUGAGUUCUUACUCCACGAGGUAUGUGCUAAUCUUCCGCGGAAACUUGAUCAUGCGUUGCAUAAGCACCCUCUUUUCCUAGACCCGGAGCUCUACGUGAGAGUACGCGAAGGAGUUUAUUUGUUUUGCUUGUUCUCGAUAUUCGAGUGGUUGGAAGUACAAAUGCAAAGAAAUAGGAUGCACGAGUGGCUGUCAGCUAGAUAUUAA